ACCAAACCUGCAAAUCUGCUGCAUCUCGCCCUCUACCUGCAUUGAACUUGCGUCACUCACUCGCUAUCGAUACGCUCAUUCGUCUCAAACACUUCUUACGCCUUGUGAUUACCCAGACCAGGAGGACAUAUUUUCAUCGCCCGUCGCGAAGGGGCUUCACAUAUCGGGGUAAACAUUCGCCCACAGACCGACGCACAAUAUGAGGAGGAACAACAUCUUGCUGGCCUUCGCCGCCGGCGCUGUCCUGGUUGCCGCUCAGAACACGGAUCAGACAACAGCCGCCGCUACUACAGGAGCGUCAUCGGCUGCUUCGACUGCAGCCCCUUCAACAGACAAAUUGACUGGAGUGUCAUCUUUCGUCAAGUCCAGCAGCAGCAGCGCUGCCGCAUCGUCGACCGCAGACUCUUCCAAGGCCUCCUCGUCGGCCGCCUCGAAAACUUCUGGCGCCGCUUCCAAUACCGUCUCGCAUGCCACCGACCUCCCCACUCUCGCUGGUGCCACCGUCCCUGACAUGGUCAUCCCUUUCACCGCCGAUGCUCCCUUUAUGCAAAGAUCAAAAGCCCCCGAAGGCACCAUCUUCAUCGCUGUAGGUGCCUGUCUGGCUUUCCUGGGUGCUUGUGUGCUCGCAUGGCGUGCCAUGGUUGCUUGGAGUAUCGACCGCUCUGUCAAGCGUGCCGCUAUGGCAAGUGUCAUGGCCUCGGAUGCGAAGACAAAAUACGGCCCUGGUGGCAAUCUUUACGCCAUGCCUCAAGGCUCGUCUCUGUCUCUCGACGCUCUCACCUCAGCAGGCAAGCCUCUGUCUUCCGCAGGACCCAAGAAGGAAAAUCGCAAGAGUGCGCAACCCACGGCCGAUCCUUCUUCACUCUUCUUCUCGCCUACCGCCGGUCAACGCAACUCAGCAUACAUGCCUGUCAACCAGAACCGUAGCUCCACCUACCUGCCUGCAGGAUACUACGCCACCCCUGGUGCUCAAGCAGCUGGCGGACGCGAUUCUAUGGUCCUGGGAGGUGCACCAAGUCUCCAGCCUACCGUCAACCGCUACUCUCGUGCCGAGUAUUCUCCACCAUCUAGCCGUGACGGUUCUCGCCCUCGUAGCAGUGUCAACCCUCAUCAACAUCAACGAACUGGCUCCAACGCAUUGCUUAGCCCCACCCACCCUCUGUAUGCUCAACCCAGCACAAGCAGCUUAGCUGUCGGCAUUGGUGCUCAGCCAGAUGAUGGCAGCAAUGUCAGCAGCAACCUGCCCGGACAACGUGCUCCCAGCGCCUACUUUGAUGAUGUUCUCCAUGAGCAUGGUAACGGUCCUCGUGAACGCUACUAAACAUCCAACACGGAUCCCUCCAUUGUUAAGCGCGUCUCGACGCACCAUGGCGUACUCUUUUUAAUCAUCUCUGUUCUCUGUUUUCACUUUCACGAAUCUCUUUUUUCUCAUCUUCGAAAUGUACAUAUGGGAAGGUCAUGUCUUGCAUUUGGUUCUAGAUUCAAUUUCUGUGCAUCGGAAAGUCGAGGGGUUCAAACUCGGCAAGGAACGCAUAGCUUAAUAUUAUCUCCUUUCUUUCAUGACAUUCUGACUUUUCGAGGUUUCCUUGUGAUUAAAGAGUUUCGUCUGGCCCCCGAAUACAAGUUCAGAUGUCAAUGAGGUGUACCCGUGUAAGUGUUUAACAUGCGAGAAAGCAGGUAUCACUAAUUGCCAAAGGGAAAAGUCAUAAAGAUAUUGGA